UCUAAAUUUAACUGAAUUAAAGGUCUCAGUUGUGUUCUCCCCUCUUAUACUGGAAGAUUAAUAAAAAAUGUAUGGAUCUUAUAGGAAUGAUUUUAAUGCAAAUCUAGAAUUAUAAAUCAGUUGUAUACUCAUUUUAUUGAUUGAAUUGAUUUUCUCUGCAGGUGAGUUAAUUGCUCCUGGUUUCACAUCAGAUUGCCCUGGAUCACAGAAUUUAAGUGUCAGAAAGAAACAGAAAUUAUAAAGGCCAAUGCCCAUGUCACAAUUCAGUUAUCAAAAAGGAAAAUGCAGCCAAGAAGAGCAAAUCCACAGAUAGACAACAAAUUAAAAGUAACGGAAACCAAUAUCAGUACAAUGAUGGAAUUUGUUCUCUUAGGAUUUUCUGAUGUUCCCAAAUUCCAUUGGUUUCUUUUUGGAGCUUUCUUAGUGAUUUAUAUGAUUAUUCUGAUGGGCAAUGGUAUCAUCAUUCUAAUAACAAGAGUAGACCCCACACUUCAGACCCCCAUGUAUUUUUUUCUCAGCAAUUUUUCCUUCCUAGAAAUCUGUUAUGUGUCUGUUACUCUUCCUAGAAUGCUCAUGGAUCUUCGGACCCAGAAAGGAAACAUUUCUUUUUUUGCUUGUGCUACACAAAUGUGCUUUGUCCUUAUGCUUGGAGCCAAAGAGUGCCUUCUCCUGGCGGUGAUGGCCUAUGACCGUUAUGUGGCCAUUCGUCACCCUCUGCACUAUCCUGUAGUCAUGAAUCAAAAAAUGUGUGUCCAGCUAGUGGCUGGCUCCUGGAUCAGUGGGAUUCCUGUUGAGAUAGGCCAAACAGGCCAGAUAUUCUCUCUGCCCUUUUGUGGUUCUAACCAAAUCAAUCACUUCUUCUGUGACAUUCCCCCAAUCCUCAAGCUGGCCUGUGGUGACAUCUUUGUCAAUGAGAUGGUGGUCUAUAUAUUUGCUGUAGUAUUUGUCACUGUUCCUUUUGUGUUGAUACUUGGGUCCUAUAACAGAAUUAUAUCAACCAUCCUCAAGUUGCCAUCAAACACAGGACAGACCAAAGCCUUUUCCACCUGUUCUUCCCAUCUCAUAGUUGUAGUUUUAUUCUAUGGAUCAGCUACUAUUACCUAUUUAAAACCUAAAUCCAACCAAUAUGAAGAAACAGACAAACUUCUCUCUCUUUUCUACACCAUUUUGACCCCAUUGUUUAACCCUAUGAUAUACAGUCUGAGGAACAAAGAUGUUACUGAAGCAUUGAGAAAAUUUCUUCUCAAAUCAUUAGCGUUAUGACACACUUGAACUAACAGAACUUUUACAAUCCAAGAAUAAAAUCAGCAACUCAAAAAACAGUGGGCAAAUCAUUUGAAUAAAGACUGUCAUGGAUUGAAUUGUGUCCCCCCAAAAUGUAUGUAUUGAUUUGGCUGGGCCGUGAUUCCCAGUAUUGUGCGAUUUUCUACCAUUUUGCCAUCUGAUGUGAUUUUCCUGUGUGUUGUAAAUCCUACCUCUGAUAUUAAUGGGACAGGAUAGGCGGCAGUUAUGGUAACGAAGCAGGGCUCAUCCACAAGAUGAGGCUGUAGUUGGAGUCAAUGUCUUCUGAUAUAAAGGAGAGAAGUGAGCAGAGAUGAGAGGGGACCUCAUACCACCAGGAGAGCAGC